AAUGGAUAGAAUGGAAAUAGAUGAGGAGACAGUUCAAGAAUUCUUUAAAGAAAUAACAAAAUGCGAAAAGGAAAUGAGUUCAAUUUUAACAAUCUUCACGCCUGAAAGAGGACAAACUUUUCUCAAUUCAAAAUUCCUUUUUGAUAGUCUUCAAACUCAAAUUAAAAGAACGAAUGAUUGGCGUGACAAGGUUAUCGAGUUACGUGAAAGGGGACAGUGUAUUAUGGUUUCUGGAGAGCCAAUUAUACACAAGCGUUUUCUCAGCUUGUGUUCAAUAAAAAGUGGAAAUGUUCAAUUGUCUAAAGGAGAGGAGUUUUUUAUUGAGGAAGCGCAAGGUGAAAGAGUUAAAGUAAAAACCUCUAAAGGUGACGAAGGUCUUAUACCCGCUCUAUCUUGUAUUAUUCCAUCUCCGGACCUGUCCGCUAAAAAUGCUACAGAGAGGUUGCAACUAGUCUUGUUGGCAGUCUUAAACGAUUCUUGGAAAAGGUUUCGUUCUGCGCUCGUUCAGUCAGUCGCUUAUAAUUCAAAGCAUACGGCUUAUGAUUGGAAGAGAAAAGUAAAACCUACUAAAGCUGGAAACCGUGACAGAGUAUCAAGAAGAUUUAAAAGAUUGAAUGAAGUCGUUGUCAAAUUUCCGUCAAAUUUCGAUAUAUCCAAAUUACACAAGGCUUUGUUCAGCUUAGAACGAGAAUUAGUUGAUUGUAAAGCAAACGAGAAUAUAAUAGAGACUAUAGCCUAUCUUGACAAAGCAACAUUAUGUUUUGAAUCGUUCACGAAACAAUACGAUGAUUAUAAAUCGUCCCUGGCUGAGUUAUCUAAGCCUAUUCUGGUUGUAGAACAUUUAAACGAUUUGCAAAAAGAUAAUAGGAGACGAAAUAUUAGAUAUUUAGAGAUGAAAAUGACUUUGACGGAAACGGAAAAAGUUCAAUUUAUCACCUAUAAAGAUAAAAAUGAUAUUGGCCAAUCAACAACAUCUCUACGAACAAGUGAAAGUAAAAAUAUUAUCAGAAGAAAUUCCAAAAAAUAUUUAACUGAAAGAAGUAAAUUCUUAAAAAGGUUACAGAAACUAAAUAAUAUACCAAUCUCUACGGAUAAACCAAAAUACGUUAGAUUUGAGACUGCAUGUCCUAAAUCCAAAGCAAAACUUGAAAACUCUCACGAACUAAAAUCUAUUAAGAAACGGAAAAAUUCUAAGCGCGUGCGUGAAAUGAUAAAGGAAGACCUAAAAAUGGAAAAGAAAUACCCUUAUUCCGGGAUUAGCUCACGUAAUACAUAUAUAAUCAAUGAUCAACCUAAAAAAGACAGCGGCAAAGAUCAAUUAGAAACGAAAAAUAUUAUUUACUCUCAAAAUAAAAUGGAAGGUUGGAAUAUUUCAGAAGCUGUAGAUACCGGAAGUAAUGGAUUAGAUUUAAAUAUACAAGCCAACAGCACGAACAGUAAUGGGAGCUACUCAAGUGAUGGAUUCCUAGACAAACAAACUGCCAAUAGAAGUGUUCAUAGCUUUUCUUCAGAUAACGAAACUGAAUCUCUUCUCCCGAACCAAGAUAGUCCAGAUAAUUCAUCGACUGAUAUACUAGUUGGAGAUGAAUUACCGAUACUUAGUCAUUGUCAAAAUACUGCAUUUAAGAAUUCUUCUGAGACAUAUUCAUCUUUCGAUAAUGAACAGGCUGACGUUAUUGAUAUUGUUUUAAAAGCAAACACUAUUGAGCCAGAUAUUGUUGUGGAUAGUGAAUAUUCAAAAACUAUUCAACUUCCAAGUCCUACUUUGAAACUAGAUAUUCCAAGGGAAAAGGUUAAUAUUGAUACCAACGAAUUUAAAGACGACCAUUUGACGAACGAGAAUGACUGUCAAGAGCCUGAAUUGAACGCAGUUAAUGAUCAAGAUAAAUUACCUUCAGAGGAACAGAAUGCUUCUAUUUCUAAGAGUCAAAUCGAUGAGAGCCCAUAUUCUAUACUCUCGGAUAGGUCAAAUUCGAUCAAUUUGAAAAGAAAUAGAAGUUUCGAGUCGGCACUUAAAUUAACAAUCGAAGAAGAUAACGACAAAAUACCACUUAAUAGUAAUAACUCGAACAUAUCUAAUGUGGCUAAAAAUUCUUUAAUCUCAUCGAACAUUGAUCAUCAAGAACCAUUUAACUCCAAUAAACCGGAAAAAGAAUCCGAAAAAGGAAAGAAAAAUGAUUUUGCAAAAAUUUUAAAAGAGAAAUGGAAAAAAACCUUCUCAAAAACGAAAAACUCGGAUAAAGAUAAAGAUAAAAAAAGGAAAAAUAAUUUCCCCUUCUUUAAGAAAGGAAAAUCAAAGAAAUUACGAUCUAAUGUUGAAAUACCUACAAACGAAUCUCCAAAUGAAGAGCGUAAAGAUACUGCUAGACUCGAUGAUGACGAAGAUCGAUAUCAGCGAUUAGAAUUAAGAAGAAGUAAACUAAGAAAUAGCUGCAGUAAUAUAGAUAAAUUAACCAAGUCGAAGUAUUCGGAACACUCGUUAAAUAGUUACAAAAAGGAAACUACUUCUGAUUUUAAGGAGAAUGAUAGUUUGCAAAGGAUGGAUAUAAGUGAAAAUAAAGAAAAUGUUGAAAACUAUAGUAAAGAGUUUUUGGCAGGUAGAGCAGACUUAGGCAGUAAUAUUAUGCAUACAAAUGUGGAUCCCAUAGGUAAUGUCGAAAACGAAACCCAAAACAAGGCUAACACCUUGUUUGAAGAUGGAAUACAGACAAAAGAGAACCAGGAUUCUGGUAAGGAUAAGAGUUUUGAAAAUUCGAUAGACAGAGAUGGGGAAUUAGAUAAGGGAUAUGAUAGUUUAUCUACCCAAGAUUUUAGUGAUAAUUUUAAUAAUCAUAUAGAAAAAUUAGACGAGUUAAACCCUCGCCAAAGUAGUACUAAUGAGGAAAAAGAGCAAUUUAAUCGUAGUAUUCAUGGUUCAAAUGUAAUCAAUUUUUCGGAACAUAAAUCUGAUUCUAAUGCCGAAAUCGAACAAUCUAAUAUAAUUGAGAAUCCUUUAAAAAUUUCAAUAUCUGGAAUUGGAAGAGAGCUUGCCUCCGAAGUAUCGAGUGUAAGCGACGACUACGUGCUUGCCAAAGAAUAUUUAGACUCACCCAUGCUAGGAUUCAAAUCGUCCGCUUAUUCGACACCAUGUAGCCAUAAAAAACUUGCACUUGAAGAUUCCUCAUUUAGAAGAAUUGGUAAGAAUCAUUUAUUAAAAGGUAUUGAAUCGGAAAUCUCAAGUACGAGCGACGAAUACGAACAAGCAUUGGAAAGUCUUACAAAUAUAAGUAGUGAUUCAAAAGUAGCUUCCGAAACUAAGCUAACAAAUAAUCAUAGACUUUAUGAAACUGGAAUGGUAUCCGGGAACUCGACUGAAAAGAUUGUUAACGUUAAUAAGCAAAACUCUAAGACAGCGAAAGAAAACGAUAAAAAGCAUAAUCUAAAAAAAAAUAUACUUGCAAAGCAAGGAGUAAAUAGAACGGAAAAUGCAAAACCUACAACAUUCCAAUCAGCUGAUGUUGAUACUCUUUUAAAAGAUCAAAGUAAAGCACAGACUAUUGAUCUCAAUCAAGAGGAUUACAGGUGUUGUAUCGAUUUUACUGAUGAGGAUAAAAAGAUUAAGCUUGAGGAUAAUUCUGUUAAGAAUCCUGAAUCUAUCAUAGAUUCUUCAAAAGAUCUCUCUCUCAAUGAUUUUAACGGCGUUAAUAAUGUAAUUAAAACAACGUUUAAUCAUUCCAACACUUCUGCUAUAACCUCAAAAACACUUCGAGAUUCCAGAAAAUCUCAAGUUUAUUCCAAGACAACUGCCAAUGAUGAAUUGGAUGUUACUGACGGAUCGGAUGAUCAAAUAGAAAACGCUUGGCAAGGAGCGAUAAUUAUACGAGAUUUCCAAAAUAGAUCUUCUAUUCGGCGAAGAAGAUCGAAAUCUUUACCUUCCUAUAUAAGAAAAGAGCAUAGAAGUAGACCGACUCCGGUUAAAUCAAUGAAUUAUAAAGCAACUUCAAGCACCAGGCUUGAUUGGAGAAUUUUAUGUUCCAUAAAGCGUCAACUUAUAGCGACAGAUAAUUUGAGAUCAACCAAGAAAGAAACGGAAAAGAAAUUCGUUAUUCGUGGUAUUCUCAAUCCGAACAAUGCCGUGGAGGAGUUUUCUCUCGAGGAAGCAAUUAGUAAGGGUAUAAUACACUUACAAACUGGAAAGUACAUAAACCCCGAGAGGCAAGGUAAAAGGUUGUCAAUGACUAUACAAGAAGCCGUUAAAAUGGGACUGAUUCUCUUGAAACAAGUAGACGAGAUAGAAGGUGCAGAAGAGAGUAAAGAUUUUGGUCUGGUGACUAUUCAAACUUUACUAGAUUGUAGAAACUUUCAUAUUAAAGAAUGCUUGCAUAACGGAAAAUGGAUAGGGGCAGAUGAAGCAAGAAAACUUCACAUUUUAAACGAAUCGGAAGGAGUUUAUCAGACUCUAGAAGAACAAAUAUCCUUAGAGAAAGCAAUCAGAAGCGGUUUAGUUUCAAUUGAGCACGAGGAGUCAAACGAUACUCAUACGGAAGAAGAGGCUGUUGAAUCUUAUUGCAUUCGUGCAGUAGUAGAUCAAAAGAAUAGAGUUUCUGUUCCGUUCCAAGAAGCUAUUGAAAGAGGUCUUUUAGAUCCUAAGACCGCUGAAUAUAUUAAUAACAAAACAGGAGAAAAGGUUUUCCUAGUUGAUGCCUUAGCGAAAGGAUUUCUUAAAGUAACGCAAGUCAACCAUGAAACUUCUCUCGAAUCGAUUGAUCCUGACAAGAGACCGACAGUUGAAAAAGUUAUCGGUCUUAUAAGGAGAUCGGUUGUAACUCCAAUUUCAGUCUAUAAUGCACUAAAAUUACAUAAAAAUGAAGAAUGA